AUGACUGAAAUCAGUGCUUUGCCCUCCGAAAUCCUCUCUUCGAUUCUGACACAAUUAGGCUCAGCCUCUUUAGCUUCUUAUGCCAGUGUCUGUAGAAAAUGGCAGGUGCUGAUUGAGAAGCAGACCUUCUCCCAUCUUCUUCUAACUUCUGACCGGUUGGGUGACUUCAAACGGAUUAUCUCUUCUAGUUCACACCGGCGCUGCUUGAUUCGUUAUCUGGAUCUGUACAUUCUGCUUCCUGCCUACGAGAUUGCUGCACGGACCCAGUUGGAAAGCCAAAUAGAUCGCCAGAAAAACAAUGAGGCCUUCACCCAGACCAUAGUCUCUUUCUGGGAUAUUCUGAGUACAUGGGCUGAAGAGGAUGUUGCAGGACUUUCGCUGAAUAUACGUGCCAGAUCUUCUAGCGAUUGUGGUGCCGAGCCUGAUGAAAAAAAACGUAUGGCUCGUCGGCGAUGGGGCCGCAAAUUCCCUAAGAAGGACUGGUUAGACUGGAGAUUCUAUCAAUCCUACCUGGAGUUGAUAACAAAUCCGGCUAUAUUGCCCGAGCUCAGCUGCGUGACGCAAUUUAUAGUUACAUGCCGUGGUCAUCGUACGAUCGCCCCAGCGACAGUCUCCAAGUUGUUAUCGCGGCUUCCUGGGGCGCAGAUAGUUCAUGCAAGCCUGUCAGACAAUGAACGAAAAGAUCCAAAGCUGCGGGAUCAACUCCGGAAUGAAUUUGCCCUCACCGUAUCGAACUGGCCAAGCACUAUUCAACACCUUUGUUUAGAAUAUCCGGGACUUCCUCCAGCAGAUGGACAUUUCCCCCCUUUGAGGCGGUCGGAGCCUUGGGCUGACCCGCUCAGCCUUGCUCUCAACCAUCUGACGCAGCAGCUGGUGACCGUCGAGCUUGACAAGAUUAUGAUCGGCCCUGAAUUCUUCUGGCCGCCGCUGCACCACCCUUAUUCAGCACCGCCCCGAUGGCCACGGCUCACCUCAUUGAAACUCGUCUACCAAGCGGUGACGCCAUCAGGACAGUGGCUGUUCGAGAAGGACCCCCGCUGUCAACCGUAUAGUUCGUCUCAGCGGGAAGAUGUCUACGAGUGUGGAACAAGGGAGGACCCCCGAACUCCGGCUCCCCAAGACCGGUACCCCGACGCCUUUCGGAGUAAGCCGGCGGAUCUCCUCAACGACCUCCAUCGAGCAGCCGGCCAAGCGGCCCAGCAUAUGCCUACUCUGAAGACUAUGUUUCUGCAGGCCAUCCCCCAGCUAUAUCCCCCUGGGAUGGCCCAUCUCCACACCGAGGCGGCCACGGAGAGUCAUCCGUCGCCUGCCCACGACACCGGCCAUUGGUUCCGAUACGAUCGAGGUCGCUCCACGGCUACGUGGGUCAGCAGUGGGAAGUUCUCUCUGUUGGCGGACACGGUGAAUACUUGGAGACAAGUCGGUGCGUUACAUGGGCAUGCGGAUUUCCAUCUCGAGGUAGGUUUUUAUUCCCCUCGACGACUGAUUUUCGGCCUUUUUUGGCUUCGGCAAUCGUGUGGUGCUUUCAUGAUUCAGGGUAACUAACAACUCAUUGCCCGUGCUUUGCAGAACAUUAGUCUCCUUGGCUGCCAUUGCGACUGGACGUUUGACAACCUGGUGCGGGAAGGUCGUCUGGAGCAAGAGCCGGGAUAUGUGAAGUGGCCCAUGCCCUGAAGUAUGGUUGUCUGGUCUUGUUACUAAUGUGUCUUCUCGAGUAUUGAACAUACUAUCCUUCACUGGGCAUAUUCCAUGCAUUCCGGUUUGGAAUUCUCGGUGACAGGCUUCCUUGAUAGCCUGUCAUGUGACUGUUCACUGUUGCCUCAGGCAUCAAUAGCACUACAUAUUUAAUUAACUCAGAGCGCAGGCCCGCAGGGCCUUCUUCUUCUCUUAUGUUAAGUUCAGAUACUACAGCUACUAUUGUGGGUCAA